AUGGAGAAACAGAGUGACAGGAAGCUUAGCCAGACUCUACAAAAUGAUAAAAAUGCCCUCCUGAGUCAAAUAUCAGCCAAGGAUAGCGAACUGAAACUACUUGAGGAAGAAGUCACGAAAAUAAAUAUGUUAAACCAGCAGAUUCAAGAACUUUCCCGAGUUACCAAGCUGAAAGUGAUGGCAGAAGAAGAAAAAGAGGACUUAGAGAGAAGGUUAAUGAAUCAACUGGCAGAACUUAAUGGAAGCAUUGGGCAUUAUUAUAAGGAUGUUACAGAUGCCCAAAUUAAAAACGAGCAACUAGAAUCUGAGGUGCAGAACCUUAAAAAGUGCAUGAGUGACUUAGAAGAAGAAAAGCAGUAGUUGGUUAAGGAGAAAACCAAUGUGGAGUCAGAAAUACAGAAGGAGUAUUUAGAGAAGAUACAAGGUGCCCACAAAGGACCUGGCAAUAAAAGCCAUGCUAAGGAGCUCCAGGAGCUGCUGAAAGAAAAACAGCUCGAGGUAAAGCAGCUGCAGAGGGACUGCAUUAGGUACCAGGAGAGGAUCAGCACUCUGGAGAAGACAGUUAAGGCCUUCGAGCUUGUUCAGACUGAAUCCCAAAAGGAUCUGGACAUGACCAAAGGAAAUCUGGUGCGAGCAGUUGAUCAUCGCGAAAAGGCACAAGAGGAACUAGCUAGCUUCAAAGUGCUGCUAGAUGACACGCAAAGCGAAGCCGCGAGGGUGCAAGCCGACAACCUCUGACUGAAAAAGGAACUUCAGUCAAACAAAGAAGCUAUCAGAAGCCAGAUGAAACAGAAAGAUGAAGAUCUGGUGCGAAGACUGGAGAAAGUGGAAGAAAAACACCUGGACGAGAAGAAGAACAUGCAAGAGAAACUGGAUGCUUUGCACGGAGAAAAGGUCCGCAUGGAAGACACGCUUGCAGAGAUCCAGGUCACCCUGUCCCAGAAAGACAAAGCAAUGAAACAGCUACAGGAGAGCCUGGCCAGCACUGUGGCUCAGCUCGCAGCCUUUUCUAAGAGCAUGUCAUCCCUCCAGGAUGACCGUGACAAGGUGAUUGAGGAAGCCAAGAAAUGGGAGCGAAAGUUUGGUGAUGCCAUUCAAACCAAAGAAGAGAUCAGACUAAGUUUGCUGAAUGAACGGAAGACCCUGCAGCAGCAGUACUUACUGAGGAAUCAGGAGGUCACUGAGCUACGGCCACUGAAGGCUCAGCUCCAGGAGUAUCAAGAGCAGACAAAACCCAUGCAGGUGAUGGAGGAACUUAGCGGGAAAGCCUGGCCUGGCAGCAUGAGCUACAUCAGCUCAGAAUGGAAAAGAACACCUGGGAACUUCGUGAGAAGCAGAUGA